AAUUAUUCAUAAUCCUAAAAUUUAGCGCAUUUAGGAAAUCCCUAGAAUUUCCUCUAAAGCCCGUAUUAGACUGUAGAUUAUGACUUCUGCCCAUAGAACGCGGCAACGCUUGCCGCGCGGAGGAAGUUAGCGUGGUAGCCAAUCAACAUGUCGUUUUUCGGUAAGAAGUAAAAGUUUAUUAGCUACCGCACGAACUUCCACCGUGCGGCAAAUAUUUCCGCGUCCUGUAGGCAGAAACCAUUAGGAUUGGGAUUGAAUUAAAAUUUCGCCAAUCAGAGCAAGAUUCACUAAACUUGAGUUUAACGAACCUUGUUCUAAUUGGUUAAAUUACAAUCCAAUCUUAAUUCUAAUUCGUAGUCUGAUACAUCCCUGAAAGGCGGGAACGUUACAUUUCUACAAACAUACAUUCCUAAUUAGUGUAGUCAGUUCAGUUAAAAAGAACAGACCGAAUGUGUAUGCAUAUUUUUUGAACUAAUGCAGCCAGUGUAGCUAAAAAGAAAAGAUCAAUUAUUGAUAGUUGAAGAGCAUAUACAUGUCAGAGUUUUUAAAUGUUUAUAAACAACGCAAUGCUUUCCAAGUAUCUUUGGUUAUCGCUCUUACCCGGGAUUGUAUAUUUUUUAUACUCGCUCGAUUUUAUCAAGGAAAUAAACACACACUUAGCAGAUGGAACGUUAAAUGUAGUUGACAUAAUAUAUUUUGGAUUAAAUGAAAAUUCUGCUGGGCAGAAGAUAUUCACCACGAAUGAAUUGAAACGAUACACGAAUUUGGAGAACGGUCUGUAUCUUUCAAUUUUGGGCAAAGUUUUUGAUGUAACAAAAGGUCAAAAACAUUACGGACCUGGAGGGAACUACCAUGCUUUCACUGGUCGGGAUGCUUCCUUAGCAUUUAUUACUGGAGAAUUUGAUGAUAAUGGCUUAACUGAUGACGUAUCUAGUUUGUCUGUGCGACAAGUUAAGGCACUGAAUGAUUGGGUACAAUUUUAUAACACGAACUAUAUUUAUAAAGGGAAAUUAUAUGGUAGGUAUUAUAAUCAAAAUGGUAGCCCAACUGCAGAAUCUCAUAAAGUACAAGAGAAAGUAUUGCUUGCUGAAAAAGAGAAUUCAUUGGAAGAAAAGCAGAAAAGGAUGUUUCCACCCUGUAACGUAGAAUGGAAUCCAGAUACUGGUACUAUAUUCUGGUGUACUAAAAGAAGUGGUGGACUAGAUAGAGAUUGGGUGGGAGUACCAAGGAUGUUCUUUGAGACUGCAAAUAUGCAAUCAUCUAGAUGUGCCUGUGUUAAACUAGAUAGUAAAGAAUACGAAGAGAACAAGGCUAUGUUAAGAGAAUAUAUCGGCUGUGCAAAGCUUGCAACAAAAUGCAUUGUAGAAAUUAAAUAGAACAUAUAUAAUACAAAUAUUAAUUAAUACACAGCAUCUCUAUAUUUGCAUAAAUACUUGUAUUUUAUUUUUAUAAGAUAAUAUGUGUAUAUAAAGAUAAAAAUC